GGAGAGCUCACUUUGCUCAGAAUAACCGUCCUCCACCAGGAGCCGCACUUCAGCCAGCUUUUCUCUGCGGAACCGUCGAGCAAUAGCUCCCCAAAACGGGGGACAGGGAAGAGUGUGACACACUCGCACAGCAACAAUGUGAAAAGAAGUGGUGCGAAGGGGUAAACCAAGAUGGCCACCCGCCGUGUUCCACUAGUCUUGCUGGCCUGCGGCUCCUUUAAUCCCAUCACCAACCAGCACAUGAGGCUGUUCGAGCUGGCCAGAGACCACAUGCACAGCACAGGCCAGUACCAGGUGGUGGGUGGCAUCGUGUCUCCAGUGAGUGACUGCUAUGGAAAGCAAGGCCUGGCACUGGCUAAGCACAGAAUUGCUAUGGCAAAACUGGCGCUCCAGAGCUCAAACUGGGUCACAGUUGAUGAAUGGGAGAGCCAGCAGCCAGACUGGACAGAGACUGUGGUCACCAUGAGGUAUCAUUAUGGGCGUAUUCUGAAGGAGUAUGAGCAGAGCACAGGAACGCACAACGACUCCAGUGGAAACACCACUCCCCUCUCAAUCCCCUGCCCCCAGUUGAAGCUGUUGUGUGGAGCUGAUUUCCUCGACACUUUCAAGAUCCCUGGCCUGUGGCGGGACGACCACGUGGAGGAGGUGGUCGGGCAUUUUGGCCUCGUCUGCAUCAGUCGAGGGGGGCUUCAGCCCGAGCGAGCCGUGCACGAGUUGGACACGCUCUCACGCCACCAUCAAAACAUUUUCCUGGUAAGGGAAUGGGUGAGGAAUGAAACGAGCGCCACAGAGGUUCGCCGGGCUCUGAGACAGGCUCUGAGUGUGAAAUACCUGAUCCCAGACUCUGUGAUAGAAUAUAUUCACCAGCACAACCUCUACACGGAGGACAGUGAGAGGAGAAAUAAGGGCACGGUGCUGAGGCCGCUCGCCAAACAGGCUCAACAGCCAGUGAAGAGUCUGGAUGACGUUCGGCACUCGGUCACCAGUAGCCGUCCGCAGCGGACCUCCUCAUUCACUGGGAGUAAGGAAACCAGCAGAGAAACAGCCAACAUGCCAGCUGACUUGAACGGUUAUUGGAAAAUGAUUUCCAAUGAUAACUUCGAGGAGUACCUGAAGGCCCUUGAGGUAAAUGUUGCCAUCAGGAAGAUCGCCACCUUGUUGAAGCCCGACAAGGACAUCACCCACGAUGGGGACCACAUAAUCAUCAAGACCCUCAGCACCUUCAAAAACUACAACAUGGACUUCCAUGUGGGCAAAGAGUUUGAGGAGGAUCUGUCUGGAGUGGAUGACAGGAAAUGCAUGGCGACUGCCACCAUGCCAGCAGACUUCAAUGGGAAAUGGGUACUGGAAACCAGUGAGAAAUUUGAGGAUUAUUUGAAAGUGCUGAAUAUUGACUUUGCUACAAGGAAAAUUGCCAUCUCCCUGUCUCAGACCAAAGUGGUAGCUCAAGAUGGAGACAAGUUUGACUUCAAAACACUGAGCACCUUAAGGAAUUAUGAGCUCGCCUUCACUGUAGGGGUUGCGUUUGAUGAGUACACCAAGGGACUAGACAACAGAAAUGUCAAGAGUCUGGUGACCUGGGAGGGGGACAAGCUGGUGUGUACUCAGAAAGGAGAGAAAGCCAACCGUGGCUGGAAACACUGGACCGAAGGAGAUAAACUCUAUCUGGAGCUGACGUGUGAAGAUGUAGUUUGUCUUCAGGUGUUCAAGAGAAAAGAAUAAAAGGCAAAAUAUC